CCCGAGCUGCGCCGCGGGCUCCGCGCGGAGCCAGAAGAUGAAGCCCAUAGUCCAAAGAAGACGAUCUACCCCUUCGGCCAUUACUAAAGCUCUCGGCAAGUCAAAGUACCAUUCCAGGGACACUACCCUUUCCUCUUCCCAUUCAGACAAUGGGCUGCCAAGUGGGGUGUUCAGCAGCCCAGGCUCCACUUUCAUCCUGGACGAGCGAGUACAGCUAACCGUGGGCCUGCAGACACAGGAAAGACAUUUGAUCUUGUUCAGUGAUGUGCUGGUCAUCGCCAAGUCCAAAUCCUCCUCCAGCCUGAAGCUGAAAAAGCAGGUGCAUCUGAGUGAAGUGUGGACCGGCACGUGUCUCAGCGAAGUGACAGAGAAAAAGAUGGCUCCCGAGAAUUCGUUCGUCAUCGGCUGGCCUACCACCAACUAUGUUGUCACCUUCAGCUCAGCUGACGUGAAGGAACGAUGGCUGUCAGCGUUACUGUGGCAUAUCAGUAAGGUAAAACAGAAUGAAUAUCUGAAGAAUCUAACCCUUCAGAUCUUUGUGCUGGAUGCUGACAACUGUUCUUCUACUACCGCAGUCAAUGUGUCCAAUGUGGAAACUGCAGAGAGUGUGAUGAAGAAGACCCUCCUACAGCUUGGACUUCCUGGCAGGACAAGUGAACACCACCUCUGGGUGAUCUCAGGAAAAGAUGACCCUGCUUACCCUCUCAUUGGGCACGAGCAUCCUUUCAGCAUCGCAUUGAACUGUCUCCGGGACUCUGCUGACCAGCAACAAGGAACCAACAGUAACACCCUCCUGGCUGAUGGGACAGAGGCUUCCUUCUUUGAUCAGCUCCCAAAGGAAAAACAGUGUCAGUUUGUCCUGAAACCCAGGCUCCAAGCUCCAGUGCCGCUGAGGAGAGAGUCACUGCAGAAACACACCAAGAGGAAGAAGUCCUUGAUUGACUGGGCCCUGCGCCGCAGCACCAGCACCCCCACCGGCAGCCCUCCUUCGCAGUCACCUACCACCCCACGGAAGCUCUUCGGCCUGUCUCUGUCCUCUGUCUGUCCUGACGGGAUCCUUCCCAAGCCAAUCAUGGAUAUGCUGCUCCUGCUGUACCACGAAGGUCCCUCUACUAGGGGUAUUUUCAGACGUUCUGCCAAUGCCAAGACUUGCAAGGAGUUGAAAGAGAAGCUGAACUCUGGAGAUGAUGUCCAGGUGGAUGGAGAGUCAGUCUUUGUGGCUGCAGCUGUCAUCACGGAUUUUCUCCGAAAUAUACCUGACAGUGUUCUAUCCUCAGACAUGCACGGACUGUGGAUGGAAGCUGUGGACACGGAAAAUCGGGCACAUAAGAUUGAAGCUAUCAAAAGUCUAGUCAACCAGCUUCCAGAGGCCAACCUCAUCUUACUCAGACACCUCUUUGGAGUCCUCCAUCAUAUUGAGCAGAAUUCCGGCGUGAAUCAGAUGAAUGCCUUUAACCUGGCUCUUUGCAUAGCACCCAAUAUGCUGUGGCUACCAAGUCCUACUGGGCCUGAAGAGGAGAGCAGGUCUACAAAGAAGGUGGCCUUGUUAGUGCAGUUCCUGAUUGAAAACUCAGGAGAGAUUUUUGGAGGUGACAUUGCUUCCUUGUUUCAAAGACCUGACAAAAAGAAGUCCAAAAACUCAGAGGGAUCUCUGGGCAUAGGCUUGGCUCAGCAUGAUGAUUCCUCUGAUGAGCUGGAGUUUUCUGCUUGUGACCCAGAAGGACCAAAGCACCACCUGGUACCUGAAACAGAUGCCAUUUUCGAACCAUCCGGCAGCUUGUUACUCGAUGAGGAUCAGGAGGACUGGGACUUGUUCAGUGAGAUCACAGCCUGCUACGAAAGCAAAGCCCGGAAGAACACCAGUGCAGACAGCUACGACCUCCUGGAAGAGGAGGGCUCCUUCUGCUCCAUCGGCUCAAUACGCUCACUCAGCCCGGCCAGGGACCGGUGCUCAUCAGAGCCCAGCGUCUGCCUCAGCUCCCACCUUCCUGCUCAGAGCCACGAGCCGGUGGCCCGCCAGUCCAGCUGCGAUGCCACCAUCAUGCACAGCCAUACAGACUACAUCCACAGGCUCAAGCAGCUGCAGGUGGAGAGCCAGAAGUUGAUUGACGAAGGCCUGAGCCCUGGGGUUCAUAAGGCCAGGCAGAACUUGUGGCAGUCGCCUCAGGCCAGCUCUACGGUGAAGAAGCUCAGCCUUCAGAAAUCCAGCCUGUCCAACAGGUCCAGCUUCUCUAGCCUGUCCUCUACCACCACCUCCCCGUCUGCCUCCUCACUCAGCUCCUUAGACAGUGCUUUCUCCUACUGCUCAGAGUCAUCAGCCAUCAGUCCCACAGAUGUCUCAUCCCUGCCAUUCAUGUUCGGCACAUCUGCCAGGCUUCAUGCUGUGUCGCCCAAGAUUGCCAAGAGGUCCCCGAAAGAGUGGCACAAGUCCUUCACGUCUCCUGUGCCUUUACAUCCGUGUGACCUGGACAGUUUCCAUGAGCAUGAACCCAAGGCUGUAGAGAGCACUCGUUGCUUUGGAGACAGGAAAAGUUUUCCAUCUGUCAGUGGAGCUGCUAUGGGAAGCCCACUAACUGACAUUGACUGGGAAGAAGAGGAGAGACAGCUGAGUUGUGUCGGGGGCCCUGGUCCAGGGCUCAGGAGCCGGGAUUAUACCAAAGAGUUUGAACAAAACCCUGAGCUCCCAGCUGCCAGCCCAGCCAGCGAGAAAUCCCCACCCAUCAGCCACCAGCAGCAGAGGGAGAAGGCAGUGAAAAACAUAGAAAUCAAAAGUGUUGAUGCCUGCCCUCCAAGCCAGGAAAGCCUGAAGCGCACCAAGAUAACUUUUUACAUGGCCCCAAAUAAAGAAAGCUCUCGGGGGUCUCCAGUGGAAGAGGAAGAGGAGAGACCCAUGGCAAACACCAGCAGCAGUGACCCGCCCAGCAGCAGCAGCGAGCAAAGCCUGUCCAAGAGCUUGCAGACUGUGAGAGUCCAUAUCCCCCAGACAGUUUUCUAUGGGCAGAAUACCCCCCUUGUCCUGCAGUCCAUCUCCAGGCGCUACCACCGGGAACCAACGAUCCCAUCCCCGCAGGCAGAGCACAAAGAGAGCCCCCAAAGCGCCUCCGCUCCCGAGGAGCUGGAGAGCAAGCCAGUGGAAAUGGCGCAGGCGCCAACCCAGAGCAAGGGCUUCAACACGUUCAGCCACACCAUCCGUAUCAUCCUCCCCGCCUCCAUUCGAAACACCGUCAGGGAGUAUUUCAAGCACGAUGAAACCAAGACCUGUCCCACGGCUGAGGCGGAAGCGGUGGAGAACGAACUCCUUCGGAGCAGGGUGGAGUGGCUCAGGAGCCAGCCACUGGCAGAGGUGGCCACAGAGGAGCGUGAUACAGUGGCGUUUGCAGAAGAGACGUUUGUCUAGGGGGGGUGGAUGUGGAAGAACUGAAUAUUUUUUUGUGUAUGUGCAGCAGAAAAUAUUCUGUAAGAUAUGAGCAGGGUGUGAAGAAUCCAGCAGGCUGCAUGGGGCAAUAAGUGUAAAGUGAUACUAAUGUGUAUGUAAUGUUGGGGUUUAACAUUCGUUUU